GCAAAGAGGAUGUUGGCUCAGAAGUGCAGUGUUGCCACACAGCUGCAUAAGGACAGUUGACAAAAGUCAAGUCAUUUGCACAUGAAAAAUGCUGCAGCUUGUCGUAUUGGAUGUCUUGCUGCUUCCGCUCAUCAUCACAGGCCCCAACGCUGAUGCUCAAGGUUUCGACAUCGCCUUCCCCUGUUAUGAUUUGGUCUGCUAUAACGUAUGGAGCUUUAGGAUAAGAAAAAGCAGAGAAACCAUUGUCAUAAUUAGUAAUGGAGUGAUCAAGGAGGCAACACAAAGCAAGGAGGACACAGAGUGCACGGUUUAUGUCCAACAUCUAAGAGAAGACGAUGACAAACAUUAUUGCAAGCAAGCAGUUGAUGACUUCACCGCCCAAAAGGAUGCUCCAGCGGUGAACUUGGUUCCAGGCAAAAUGGCAUCUUUCCAGUGCGUUCUGCUGUCCUUCUUGAAGAACGGGCUUUGCAACCUGCGUCAAAAGGAGGUGCGCUUGGCGUGGGUGGACCAGGCUGGCGUGGAGCUCCAGGACGACUCUCGGCAUGGCAUAAGAUAUAAAUCAAGCUGUCACGUCACGUUGACUGUCACCUUGCAAGGUCCUGGCAGGGAGACGUUCAAUUGCAGAGUCAAAGUGGGAGACGGUUUUUGGAUUUCAGAGGAGCUGCGAGUCCAACUAACAGCUACCAGAGGGAAGGGAAGGGGAGGCUUCAACGUGGAAGGAGAACCUCAGGAUUCCCGCCACUACCAUGCCAGCGUGGUCGUGGGGGUGCUGGCCUGUGCGACGUUGACUGCCUUGGUCGCAGUGUUUGUGGUGAGGCGGAGAAGGAUGGCCCGUAAGUCACAAACAGGAAAAAAGCACAACAUUCAACAUAUUGACGUGUCCGAGAUGUCCAUCUCCUGUCCCUCGAAUAAUGUUGAUGACGAUGUCGUCUACGCCGAUGUUAUCCUCCCUGCCUGCACUGAGAGAGUGUCUUUCUGCGAGGACGACGCCACCGAAUGGAGUAAGGACGCAGCCAGAAGAGAAGAAACAACAUUUGUUCUUCUUUCUUUCGACAGAGAAUUCUCUCAGAACUUUGCAGUCAUGAUCCAGAGAAAGGAGGUGGUCCUGUCAGUCUUGAAGGAUCUCCAGGAGGCCACAGAGAACGCAGGCCUGGAGGUUCUGACCAGGAAAGCUUUGGAAGUGGAUCAGGUCCUGGCUCCCUUCCAGCUGCCUCGCAUGCCCUGCCAGGACUUCCCAGAGUGGGUCAGAGUGGACAACAUCGCUCAAGGGUUGUACCCAGGGGACGCACCUGUGGACCUUCUGCCUCUCCACUGCAAAGGAAGAGGCAACCUGUUGUUUGACGCCGCCAGCAUGUUGCUCAUGGGCAAUAGUGCACUCGGCUUGGAGCUUCAGGUGAGGACCGUAGUGGAAAUGGUCCUGUGGAAGAGGUACUACCUGUCAGGCAUGAUCGACUCAAAGAUGAUGCUGCAGGCAGUGCGCUUCAGCCUCUGUGCUGAGGAAUCAGAGGAGAUGCUAAACCUGCCCGCGACCGUACUGGAGGCCAUCUUUGAUGCCGACAUCAAGGCCUCGUGCUUCCAGGGCUCCUAUGCCAACAUGUGGCAUGUGUACGCGCUGUCGUCUGUGCUGCAGUUCAGCAUCUACUCUAUUUACCCCAUGUUCAACCUCAAGAUACGGCCCUACUUCAACAGACUCAUACGGCCAAGGAAGUGGCCACAGGACUCCAAGACACAAACUCUGCACAUCAUGUGGUCUGGGGAGCUGAAUUCCGAGUCCUUGUUCAGACCAAAUCAUUUUGUGGCAUUGGUAAGAGCAAGUGACUUCACAGUGAAAUGUCCCGACAGCGAACCAAGGCUCUCGCCAAUGAAAAGUGAUGAACCUCCGAACAACCAGCCACAGUUUUCUUAUCCCAGUCUGAAGGACAAGUACAACAUCACUAAAAGGACCUUUUACCGCUGGAAGAGGCAGUCUCAAGAGCACUGCAAGAAAUCGGCAGCCCGUUACGAGGCAAAGUACUUUCUGCAGGCAUGCUACAUGGAAGGAAAACUCCUCCCACUGCACCAGUUCAAAGCAUUCUUUCCUGAAAUCUCCCGCUCGUCUUACUACAACUGGAAGCACGAGCUGCUGAAGUCUGGGGGAAACUUCUCUACAUCCUCGUCCACAGGAGAGGUCAGUCCUGGGGAGAGCACAGAGCAGGAAGUCUGGUCCUCGCCGGAAACCAGGCAGGACGAGUCAGACCACCACGACAAUGUGGCCAGCAUGUUUGGCCUCAACAUGGCCGUCCUGGAUCUGGACAGGGUCCAAAAUGUGGUCCACAUGCAGGAAGCCAAACGCUGCUUGCAGAACUGCAUCGCCAUGAACACCUCCUUACCCUUCAGGAUCUUCAAGCGUAACUUCCCGGGAAUCUCCAGAUCCACCUACUACAACUGGAGGAGGGAAGCCAUGUUGUUCAGCAGAGGUUACAAAGCCAGCGCUUGCAGCAGCGAGGACAGCUCAGAUGUCGAUAAGUGCCACAGUCCUAAAAGUCUCUCACCCACCCCCCAUAAUAUCGCUCGGGAUUUUGUGCCCAGAACAACAAUCUUCAGGCCGAAGCAUAGAAGUUUCCACCUGGCCUACGUGGGUAAGAAACAACUGAGAGACGGCGCUAAACUACUCGUCCAGAAGUCAAAAUUAUCCUUAAGCAAGUUCAAGCUCAGGUUUCCGACCUUGUCUCUUUGCUUCUUCUGGCUCUGGAAGAACAGCAGGAGGAAGUCGAAGGCAGUCAAUCAGAGGCCAGAAGCCCCUAAGGUGGAGCAAAGGCCCUUGACCGUCGCCACAGAAAUAAUGAUGGCAGAUAACCACAGGGUGUUCCCAUUUAUGGUACCUCCCACGUACGUAGCUCGUCCCAACAUAGCUGCCUUCAACGCCCCGCAACCCCAGCGCAGCCACGUGGGGGCGCCGCCGGACGAGCGCAUGCUAGAUGUGGUAACGCUGGCCAACUUCAAGGCCAAAGCCAAGCUGUUCCUGCAGCAGCGCUUCGAGGAGAAAUCCUUUCCCAGCUUCAAGGAGUUCCGCUCCUAUUUUCCCUUCACCCCACGCUCCACCUACUACAUGUGGAAACGGGCACUGCAUCAUGGGGUGUCGCUGGUUCACGGCUAGAGCAUUGGUGAUGCCUAUUCACACCCCUUCCUCCACCUCCUGGUAAUUUGCACAUGUGUGGAAAUGUUGCGGGCGUGUUGGAGGCCUGUAGGCAAAAGGCAGUUCAAAGUGUGGAUUCCCUGCUAAGCACCGUACCAUGCGCCCUUUACUUUUCAUUGUAAACUAUGCGCAUGUUGUUAUGACUCCAUGUUUUUUGAAGAUAAUUCUGACAUUUGAGGCUUUUGAUGCGACAGCUGCAUGAUUAAACGGGUACCGCACUUUUUCGGGGAAUUUUGCCUAUCUUUCACAAUCAUUAUGAAAGACAUGACGAAGGAUAUAUUUAAUUUUUACUGCAUUCUAUCUGGUAAAUAAACGUACAUAAAAGUGCGCUUACAACAAAGCCAAUGGGAGGUCCACCAUUUUUCCGCCCAGAAAAGCCAUUAAAUAACCAUCCAAAAACCGCCAACAAAAUACGUUUACAUUUCAUGACUUGAAUAUUAACCAAGUAUUAGUGAUAUUGUUAUUAUAAGCGCUAACACAGACACACUAUUUAUAGCGGCGCAGUGAUCCCUACCAUGUGUGCCAAUCAUUGGCUGGUGAGCUGCUUUCUCAUGUUGGAGCUCUUGGAAGUUUACUCUAUAUUAUAAAUAUUGUCUCUCACCUUGAUAGUAGAAGGAUGAGGAUGUAAUCCGACAAAUUUGUACAUUUAGGAAUCCAAUUUAGACACGGAAAUGGCGAGAAAGACACAAAAAGACACUCGGUUCUGCCCCCCCUUUUCUUUGCGAGUAUGAUUCUUAAUCCAAACAGGAAUAUAACAAAAUUCUAGCAGUCGGCAUCUUAGUGACAUCUUAAUGACAUUUUAUUAUGAUUGUUGGCUCUCAUAAAGUCGGCAAUGAGCAGUAAUCAGUGAUGUUGUUGAAGAAAAAAAGCGAAUGUUGUGAUGCGGUUUUGAAAUUAUUGUGUUGUAUGUUUAAAAUAGGCAGAAUACGUAAAUUAUAAGUAAAUAUAUUUUAUAAAUUAGCCUGACAGUACAUUACAUAUAUACUUACAUCAUGUAUAUAAAACCCUAAUGUAGGUUUUGAUGUUUUUUCAAGGGCUUUAUCAGCAGAAUAGAGCGACUGCCUUAGGCUCCCUUAUAAGCAGACUUUUGUGAUCGCAUGUAUUUAAUAUUUAGAAAGCAAAAAAAAAAGAAAAAAACGAGUGUUCUUGUCUUAUGAUUCUUAAAAUUGUGAACGAUGGGCAAAAUUAUCCCCAAAAAGUGCAGUUCCCCUUUAAGGUACAUUUUUGAUUCCCACAACACACUUGUUGAAUGUCUUGACCUCAGUGCACCUUCUGGUCUGUUUUUGACGGAUUUAAUGAAGAUAUUUAAUUCUUUCUAUGACCACUUACACCAAAACUACCUACUAUUACGAUAAUCUAGUAUUUUUCACACUCCAGUGUUUCGAAUUACCUCAGAGCUGAUGUAUUUAUUUUCUUGCUUUGUAUAGGGGUAUGGGUGAGGCAAACUGUGCUGUGUUGGUAAAAUAAUAAACCGUGCACUGCCACCGUCA